AAAAAGACCCGCUUCAGAAAACGAACUAGGGCUCAGUCGACCACUAUUUUGAGGCCCGGAUCCAUUCCCUGUCGCCGGCCGCCGGAGCUCCUUCUCUUUUAACUGAGGAUUGAGCGGAUCCAAUGGAGGGGGAGGCUUUGGGUGGGGAUGGAGGCUCUGGGGACCUCGAAGAAUCCGCCCCCUCGAUCGAGAAGAAGGAUUUCAGGAAAGGGAAGAGGAAGAGGUUUCACCAAGCGCUCCUCAAUCUCUACCUUCCUCCUUCGCCCCCGCGGUCGCCGCCACCUCGACUGCCUCAAAUACCUGUGGAAGAGCUAGUGCCUCUUGUUUGUGGGGAUUUGGAUUCAAAUUUUGACCAAGAUGUAGAUAAUAACGGAAGUGAAAGCUCUCAGGCUCUUGCAGAUGACCUUGUACCCAAGAAACUCACAAGGGCUCAGAGAAAGAGGCUUAGGAAAAGGAAGUUGAAGGAAACUGCCUCAAUUGGAAGAAAAAUCAUUGGACCUUUGUUGCCAUCCAAUGUCCAAUAUGUGAACGAACUUGAAUGACUAACAUACUAAAUAGUUCCUUCAUGUUAUGUACAGCUUGUUAUAUUAACUGAUUUUCUUCUGAUUACAAGCUUAGAUGACUUUUGUUUGCAGAAUUUGUAGGAUCUCAGGCUAUUUUAUUUGUCUCAUGCAGAGUCUGACUCCCAUGAUAAAUAAAUCUGUAAUGAGCUGAAGCUCUGAUAUUAUUUGCC